AUGUCGGACGAGAUUAUUUGGCAAGUUAUAAACCAACACUUCUGCGCUUACAAGCUGAAAACCGACAAAGGUCAGAACUUUUGCAGAAAUGAAUACAAUGUCACUGGGCUGUGUUCGCGACAAUCAUGCCCUCUAGCCAAUGCUAGAUAUGCAACGGUGAAGAAUGUGGACGGAAGACUGUACUUGUAUAUGAAAACGGCAGAAAGGGCUCACACACCGGCCAAGAUGUGGGAGAGAAUAAGGCUUUCCAAAAACUAUGCAAAGGCGCUGAAGCAAGUGGAUGAUCAGCUUUUGUACUGGAACAAGUUUCUAAUACACAAAUGUAAGCAGAGACUGACCCGUCUGACACAAGUGGCGGUGACUGAAAGGCGCAUGGAGCUGAGAGAAGAAGAAAGACACUAUGUGGGGAUCGCGCCCAAAGUCAAGAGAAGAGAAGAAAACCGUGAGCGCAAGGCGCUUGGAGCGGCCAAGAUUGAAAAGGCGAUUGAAAAGGAGCUUUUGGAGAGACUCAAGAGCGGUGCAUAUGGCGACAAACCGUUGAAUGUGGAUGAAAAGAUCUGGAAAAGAGUGCUGGGUCACGUGGAGGACGAUCAGGACGAAUUGGAAGACGAAUACGAGGAUGAAGAAGAGGAAGAGAGCGAUGCCGAGAUCGAAUAUGUAGAAGACGAAGGAGACGACGAAGAUCUAGUCGAAGUGGAGGAUCUUGAAAGGUGGCUGGAUGAUCCAAACGCUUCGCAGGACGACGAUAGCUCGGAUGACGAAAGUAGCAGCAGUGGCGACGAAAACGACGACGACGACGAGGAUACUAAGAACCAGAAACGCAGAAAACUUGCUGCUGCGGCUGCCAGAAAGAAACGUCCCAGAGUCGAGAUCGAGUACGAGGAAGAGACCCCACAACCAGCACAGCAAGAGCUGGCCCGCUAG